AUGAAGCAACUCGUAGAGGGGCUUUGCUGGUUGGCAGCAUUCCGGUUUUUGUGGUUGACGUUCCGCCUCCCUCUUCUCUACAAUUUUUGCACCUCCGCCACUCUGUCAAACUCGUUGGCGGCAACCUCCUCCUCCUUUAGCAACAACUCCGCGUUUACCCGCUCCGUGCCAACACCACAGCUUUCCCCACCAUGGCCUUCGUCCCAACGCCGCCGAGCUCGCAAUCAGCCUUCCUCCCGCGCUCCACUGCGGUCACCUCGACGCGCUCGCCGCGCUUUCGCCCCCGUCUCUCUGCGCGUCCAAACACGCCGGCCCGCAUGGCAGCCGCCGACGCCGACGGCCAGGAGGAAGUGUCCGUCCCUCUCUCUUCGCUCAAGGACAUAUCCCCUCCCGCCCCCACGGCCGCCCCCACCGAUGCAGCGCAAGGCGAAGAGGAGGAGGAUCUGCGCACGGAGCAGCAGAAGGAAAUCGACCGGUUACGCGCCGCCGAAAAGUUUAUCCAGAUCGACGAAGGCUCCUUCGAGUGCACGGCGUGCUCGUAUUUGUACGAACCGGAAAAGGGCGCCAGACAGUUGGGUAUCGCGGCGGGGACCCCUUUCGAAGAGUUGUCACCGGCGUUUGUCUGCCCCGUGUGCCGCUCUCCUAAAUCUAGGUUUCUAUCGAAGAAGAAAAUCAUUGCCGGCUUUGCGGAUAACCAGAGUUAUGGUUUUGGCAGUAAUACGAUGA